AUGAGCCUAUACUUUUGGCGCGCUGAAAUUGCAGAACGAGCUAACGGCUUCCACCGCUACACUCGCCGGAAUCCAACUAAAUUCGCCAGAAUUCAACCAAAUUCGGGCGAGCUCGUGACGGGGCGGGGCGACCUCGCUGCGACGUCGGCCGGGGCCGGGGCUGGGGCGUGCGAGGCGGAGCAGGUGCAGCACGGGCAGAGCCGGGGCGAAGCUGGGACGCGGCGGCGCUGGCGCAGCCAGGGGAGAUCCGGUACGGGGAGGCACGGCCGCGGCCAGCGGAGGGGCAGCGCGGCGCGGACGCAGCCGGGGCAGGGGCGUCGCGGCGCGGGCGGGUCCGAGGGAGGCACGGGCAGGGCCGGGGCCGGGGCUGGGCGGCACAGCACGGCGCGGGAGGGACCGUGGCGGAGCUGGGACGUGGCGGCGCAGCCGGGGGGGGGCGGCGCGGCGAUGGAGGAGCCGGGGGAGGCGCGGGCGGGGCUGGAGCACGGCCGGAGCUGGGCGGCGUGGGCGGGAACACGGCCUAUGCUCCCAGACGCGUGCGUGUGGUCUGUUAGAGAUGCUCUUAGACAUGCCAAGCAAACAAAUGAACAAUCUAGCGCAGUAGAUGCGAUAUGCGAGCCAGUGGGCUGA